GACAGUCCAGCAGCUGGAUAUAUGCUGAAGCAGAACGAUCAGAAGACAUUUGAACACAUUAGAGUUUACAGGUGAAUUCUACGGCUCCUUGACGGAGAUCUGGAAAGUGUCAGAAUGAGAGUUUCUUAUCUAACCUGUGCAGUCUUUCUGUGUGGAGUUCACGGACAGUUGAUGAACUACACGGAGCCUCCACAGAUACAGCUACCCGACUUGAGCUCGGACCCCUCGGACUCGGAGCCCUCCGGGGUCCACCGAGUGCGGAGGAGACGCUUCAUCAGUCAAAACGACAUGGUGGCAAUCCUGGAUUAUCACAACCAGGUCCGAGCCAACGUCUUCCCACCUGCUGCAAACAUGGAGUACAUGGUAUGGGACAAUGAUUUGGCCAGUACAGCUGAAGCCUGGGCUGCUACAUGUCUGUGGGAACAUGGACCAGCUUACCUGCUGCAGUUCUAUGGACAAAACCUAUCUGUCAGGACCGGAGGGUGGCAGUCUAUCCUGCAGCUGGUCAAACCCUGGUAUGAUGAAGUCAAUGACUAUGUGUUCCCUUACCCCCGCUUCUGCAAUCCCAGCUGCCCUCUGCUCUGCUAUGGACCCAUGUGUACACACUACACACAGAUGGUGUGGGCGUCCACCAACAGAGUGGGCUGUGCAGUGCAAACCUGCUACAACAUGUUUGUGUGGGGAGCUCUAUGGAGAGAAGCCACCUUCCUUGUCUGUAACUACUCACCUAAGGGAAACUGGAUAGGAGAGGCCCCAUACAGAGUGGGGAUUCCUUGUUCAGCCUGUCCAUCCAGCUAUGGAGGUGCUUGCAGCAACAAUAUGUGCCUUCCAGCUUCCCAGUCUAACUACAUGUACUGGUUCAAAUGCGUGGCGCUGCAGUGUAACAUCACAGAGGGAGCUGGUCUUCUGAAUAUUAGAAGAAUCUAGAGCACCUUUCUGUGUGUGAAUCUCUAUGUAAUGAACUAUGAACUUUCUUUGAAAUUGUCCAGCUUGAAUAAAUGGUGCAAAAAUACAAACUUUAGAAACACUAAAACAAGUGACAGACUUUGUUAUAAUGUAGUAUAUAAAAUGCUAAUGGGUUUACUUACAUUACAUUUUCAUUUCAUUCAUAGCUUGCCACUGUA